AUGUUGCGUUUGAAAGCAUUUCGUCCGACGAAUGACAAGAUUGUGAAGAUUCAAUUGCACCCUACACAUCCGUGGCUUGUCACGGCCGAUGCGUCCGAUCACGUUUCGGUUUGGAAUUGGGAACACCGCCAGGUUAUUUAUGAAUUGAAAGCUGGUGGUGUGGAUGAGAGGCGUUUGGUGGGUGCAAAGUUGGAGAAACUCGCCGAGGGUGAAUCAGAGCCAAAAGGGAAACCUACAGAAGCCAUACGGGGAGGGAGUGUUAAGCAGGUCAACUUUUAUGAUGAUGAUGUGCGUUUUUGGCAACUUUGGCGUAACCGUUCUGCUGCAGCUGAGGCUUCAUCAGCAGUUAAUAACAGCAUGUCCGCAUUUGGUUCUCCAGCUCCAUCUACAAAAGGAAGGCAUUUUCUUGUCAUCUGUUGCGAGAACAAGGCCAUUUUUUUAGAUUUGGUGACAAUGCGUGGCCGUGAUGUACCAAAGCAGGACCUUGACAAUAAGUCUCUUCUCUGUAUGGAAUUCCUCUCAAGAUCAUUUGCUGGUGAUGGUCCUCUUGUGGCUUUUGGGGGAUCAGACGGUGUGAUUAGAGUUCUUUCAAUGAUAGCAUGGAAGCUUGUACGAAGGUACACUGGAGGCCAUAAAGGAUCGAUUGCUUGUUUGAUGACAUUCAUGGCUUCUUCUGGCGAG